AUUUACCAUGGAAUCCCUAUGGUGGGAGUCCCCAUGUUUGCUGAUCAGCCGGACAACAUUGCUCACAUGAAGGCUAAGGGAGCAGCUGUGGAGGUGAACCUGAACACGAUGACAAGUGCAGAUUUGCUCCAUGCUGUGAGAACAGUUAUCAAUGAGCCAUCUUAUAAAGAAAAUGCCAUGAGACUAUCAAGAAUCCACCACGACCAGCCAGUGAAGCCCCUGGACAGAGCUGUCUUCUGGAUUGAGUUUGUCAUGCGCCACAAAGGAGCCAAGCACCUUCGCGUGGCAGCGCAUGACCUCAACUGGUUUCAGUACCACUCUCUGGAUGUGACUGGGUUCCUGCUGGCCUGUAUGGCAUCUGCUAUAUUUUUGGUUGCCAAAUGCUGUGUUUUUGUAUUUCAAAAAAUUGGUAAAAGAGGAAAAAAGAAAAAAAGAGACUAG